AACAUGUCCUUAUGGUUUCUACCUUUGAGCUGUUGGAAUAACUUCCGGCUGGAGGUACCGUGAGGAUGCUUAUGCUGAGUCUCCACAUUUUCUUUGCGCUCAAUGUGCAUCUGAGAGAAAAUGAGUCGCUCUGUGGGAAUCUGCCUGCUGCUCCUCUCUCUGAUGGGACUCGGUUCGGCUAUUCGUUGUUACAGCUGUAAGGAUUACACUGCCAGCUGCACCAAACAACGGGACUGUAGCUAUGACGAUGCCUGUCUAACCCUCAGUGAGAGAGGUGGACAGACGUUCCGUCAGUGUCUGAAGUAUUCAGAUUGUGAAUACAGUCGUCUGGCCCAGAUGUUUCCUCAGGUCUCCACUUUCACCUUCAAGUGCUGCAACUCAGAUCUCUGUAACUCCGCCCCCUCCUCAGCGACCUGCUCUCUGAUUGGUCUGCUGGCUUCCAUGGCCGUCAUCUGGUGGUGCAUGCACUGA